AUCGUUGUAUGACAACCAGAUCAUGUCUCUGAGCAACGGGACCUUCAGCCCUCUCACAAACAUCCAGACCAUGCACUUGGGGGCCAACCCUUUUGUGUGUGACUGCAAUUUAGCAUGGCUGGGGGCCUACCUGGCAGACAACCCCAUAGAGACUUCAGGAGCUCGCUGUCACGAACCCAAUAAGCUCUCCAAGAAGCCCUUUGGUAGACUCAGGCCGGAGAGCUUCAGAUGUACAGAAGAAUUGCGGGCGAAGUAUAAUGGUCGUUGUGAUGAAGUUGACAUCUGCCCUACUCAGUGCCGGUGUGAAGGAACCCGAGUGGACUGUUCAGGCCGUGACCUGACCGCUGUGCCCGACGACCUGCCUGCUCUCACUACUACUUUAGACCUCAGCUACAACCAGCUGUUUUCUUUGGAUGGGUCUUCAGGCAUUCGGCGCCUGAAGGACUUAAACCGCUUGGACCUUUCUCAUAAUCGUCUUACAAGCUUAGGUCCUGAGUUCUUCAGAGGUGCAAGGGCACUCACCCAUCUCAAUGUGUCGCACAACAAACUGGUACAGAUGCCUGAGAGUGUAGUGCGAAGGCUCAGGGUCCUGACCCAGCUUGACCUAGCAGGGAACCACAUAUCCUGCCUCUCCAGGAAGAUCAUGGAACAUCUACCUGCACUUACAAAUUUGGAUAUGUCAUCUAAUCCUUUAAACUGUGACUGUCGAGCUUCAUGGUUGGCUGAAUGGUCACUCCAGCGAGAAGAAUCAAUCCCUCCAACCUGCCACCUUCCAGCUGUACUCAGAGACACUCCCAUCACAAAAGUUCAGAUGCAUUUACUAACUUGCUCUGGUGAAAACAGCAAUGAAGCAGACUGCAAUGGAUCUGUGUAUUGUCCACCAGAGUGUCAGUGCCGGGGCAAAGUUGUCCGCUGUUCUAGAGCCCACCUCACUCAAAUACCCAGAGGCAUCCCACCUGAUACAACAGAGCUGUACUUGGACGUCAAUGAGAUAAAAGCAAUAGAUCCUGAACGUUUAAAGCACCUCAAGUCUUUAAAAAGACUUGACCUGAGCAACAACCAGAUCACCAUUCUCUCCAACAAGACAUUCUCAGAACUCAUCCAGCUGUCGACUUUGAUUGUGUCGUACAACAAGCUCGGGUGUAUGGAGAGAGACUCUCUUCUAGGCUUGAAGGCACUCAGGAUUCUUUCUCUGCAUGGGAAUGAUGUAUCAUUUAUCCCAGAGGGAACAUUCCGGGAUCUUAAGACCAUUACUCACAUAGCACUUGGGGCUAACCCACUUUAUUGCGACUGUUCAAUGGCUUGGCUCGCCAAAUGGGUAGGUGGAGAUUACGUGGAGCCAGGAAUUGCUCGUUGUGCUGACCCAAGACCCAUGAGGGACAAGCUUGUACUUACAACACCACCUGAGAUGUUCAUCUGCUCAGAUAGAGUGCCUGAUGAGGUCUUGGCCAAGUGUGACUUGUGUUACACCCGACCCUGCCAAAAUGGAGGUGUUUGCAGAUCGAGUCCUGGUCAGCAAUAUGAAUGCCGUUGUACCGCAGGUUUCCAUGGUCCCGAGUGUCAAUACAGAAUUGAUGCUUGUUAUGGAAACCCUUGCAAUAAUGGAGGCACUUGCAAAGUGUUUGAAACAGGAAGAUAUGUAUGCCACUGUCCCACUGGGUUUGAGGGUGGUCGAUGUGAAGUUAACAUUGAUGACUGCUCUAACAACAAGUGCAUUAAUGGUGCUAGCUGCAUAGAUGGUAUAACCUCGUAUUCCUGUUCUUGUCCAGCUGGUUAUACUGGGGAAUACUGUGAAAAAAAGAUUGCAUUUUGUUCCAAAGAGUUUAACCCUUGCAAAAAUGGUGCUAGUUGUAUUGACCACGGGACAAGCUAUGAGUGCCAGUGUAACCUUGGAUGGUCUGGUAACAACUGCACUGAGAACAUAGAUGAUUGUGUCAAUCAUAUGUGCCAGAAUGGUGGGCAGUGCAUUGAUGGAGUUGGAGAUUUUGAAUGCAAGUGUUCAGGUGACUGGAGUGGUCGCUACUGUGAGUUGGGCCCCUCUGUUUUACUUCAAACAGAGCCAUGCCUGCAUCAUGACUGUCGCCAUGGGGUGUGUAUUGUGCCCCAAGGAGAAAUGGAAUAUGUCUGUAAAUGCUCUCCAGGUUACUCAGGUAAAUACUGCCAACAUAUGACAGCUCUGAACUUUAUUGACAAAAGUAGUUUUGUGCAACUUACAACACCUCCAGUCAAACCAUCUAUUAAUGUCACCAUCAGCUUCACCACUCGCACAGCCAAUGGCGUCCUGGUCUACAUUGGUAAAGACAGACAACAUUUAGCUGUGGAAGUAUUUAAAGGUCGCCUUCGAAUCAGCUAUGAUGUGGGCAAUCACCCAGCUUCAACCAUGUUUAGCUAUGAACUUGUUAGUGAUGAAUCUGAACACACAGUCGAGUUACUUUCUGAACGUCAAAAUUUCACCCUUCGUGUUGAUGGUGGCAUUGCACGUUCCAUGGUCAAUGAUGGAGAGCAAGAGUAUCUGGAAGUAGAUACCCCAAUAUUCCUGGGUGGUGUUCCUGCAGAUGUGGCCAGACAUGCUCAAACUCACUGGCACCUCAGGAAUUCUACAAGUUUUAGAGGCUGUAUGAGUCGUGUGGAGAUUAAUGGUCGAUUGCAAGAUUUGGCUGAGAGUGAAAAGCAAAAUAAAGUGGUACCAGGCUGUGGAGACUCUGAGCAGAGAGACCAAGGUGCCAUCAGACUCAUUGAACGGACUACACCAGCAGUCAGGGUUUCCAAAGCAAAGAAGACAAGAGGAGAAAAUGAUGCUUGUGCUGAACACCAGUGUGAAAAUGGUCAGUGCCGUCCUCGUCAACAUAGUGAUGGUUAUCGGUGUAGGUGCAAGAAAGGAUGGAGUGGCAAGUUCUGUAACAAAGACAAUAAUGCUUGUAUAGCCAAUCAAUGUGAAAAUGGCAGAUGUCGGCCACGCCGGCGAAGUAGUGGUUACCGAUGUCGGUGUAAAAGGGGCUGGAGUGGCAAAUUCUGCAACCAGCCUCCAUCUUGUCGGAGAGAAAGAGAAAAGGCAUAUGUAUUUGAUUAUGGCUGCCGUUCACGGUAUCCUAUAAAGCAGUUUACCUGUAAUGGGAACUGUGGAAAAGACUGUUGCCAACCUAAACGAUACCACAAGAAACGGGUAGCAAUGAUUUGUAAUGAUGGAACAAAAUACGCAAAAGACGUCGAUAUCAUACGCAAGUGUAGGUGCUCGCGAGAUUGUGAUGGCAUGUAAUAUAGAAAAUGAAGGAUAUUUACAAACUGAUAAGUGUGCAGAUGACCUAUUUCAAGAAAUCUUUGUAAUGUUGAGAAUCAACAUGUAUUCACAACAGAAAUACAUAGUAUAUCUUCAGUACUCACAGUGCGGGUAAAUUAUUAAAUCAUAAACAUGAGUUUUUUGAUAGCUAUAGUUUGUGUGGAGGUAGAAUGAAGUUACAUGCUUAUAUUAUAGCAUUAUUAUUACAUACUCGACCUCAAGCUUUAUGUGCAGUGAAGAAAUUUGUGUACAUAGUCAUACAGUGCUAACAGUUAAAUCUAAAGUGAUGUGUGAAUUAUGAUUAGCUUUAUAUAUAUAUAAAUAUAUAUAUUCCAAGAAUAGAUAUUAUCUUGACACUUCCUGGGUUCUGUGACUUGAAAAUGUAAGAAUGUUUUGAGAAAACAGUAUGGCGCAGAUUCUUAACUGACAAAAGUAUAGUGACUUUAUUAAUCAUAUUCUAUGAAUAUCCUGAUUCCAGGCAGAAAGAACAUUUAACUAAAAUGUGAUUAUCUCAUUGACCAGACAAAUUUACAACAAGUAGAACCUGCUACUACAUACUGCUAGCCCAAGAAAACAUUUUAGUGAAUAGGGAUCUCAAUGAGGAUGUGAUGUAGCAUGCUAUUAGUGACAGCAUCUGCUAACUUUACUGAUAUGCCCAUAACAAUGUGUGAUGAGAUGUCACUAUUGCCAUGUGUCACUAUUGUGGAUGUUGGACAUUGAAGGGGCGGUGGUAACAUGUGAUGAAGUUAUUUAAUAAGUCGUGGUGGCCAUCAUGACUAAAUUUCUUGCAAAACAAUGUUACAAGCACUGAUGGGGGCAGUGGAGAAGCUAUACAGAUCUCAAGAAGUGACAACCUAAUUAAAUACUGUGAAAGGGUGUUUAGUUAGUGUACUUGUGGUAACAGAUCUUAUAUACUGUGAGGAAAGUAGUUUAGGUCUCAAAUGCUGAAUGUAAUCUAAGCUCUCAAAAUCAAAUCCUCUCUUCCAAAGCUUUGAGAGAGUGCUUUAUCCAUGCCUGUUUGCACCUUCCUGAGGUUGGCAAACUAGGUACACUAUAAAGGGUGCCAUGAUGCACAGAGCAGUGCUUGAGCUCAGUCUACAAGCAUCGUCACCAUCGCCUAUAAGGUCUCUACUCAGGCCAAGAAUGGAAAGCAGAUGAUCCCAUUUACUGUUGUCAGAAGCUUCAUCCAUAGCCACUAGGCUGUAAAGAGGCCUAACAUGUCACCCUCACAACCAGUGCUUCCUGGCUCAGCUAACAUUCUGUCUGUUGGUACUUGAUCAAGAUCGUGUAUUGAUCAUCGUCCAGUAUUGGUGUCACAAGUUCCGUGUCGUUCUCCUAACUGUGUUUUGUAGUAGCUUCUCCAAAGUGACCACAACAAAGUACUUCCCUCCAUAAUGCCUGUAAUUAAUUUCUAUGUAAAAUAAGUAACUGCGAUAAAUAGCUUUUCAAGAUCUAUUUAAAAAUAUUAAUCUGUAUCUUAAUGGACCUGCAACUUUUAUGUCAGGUAUUCAUUCUUAAAAAAAAAAUAGUAAUAUACUUGUUUAUAUGGCUUAAUUGAUUUAGAAUCAUAACACAGAUCAAGCCAAGUUUAUAAUGGGAAGAUUAUAAUGUUAUCUCCGUAUUUGUUAUACAGCAUAAUUACAUAUGUAUUUUAUGUUAAAAAAACAUAAAUAAGUCAAAUCUAGAUUCUAUUCUAUAUCAAAAUCAGAAUUUUCAAAUCAUGCAAAAAGAUAAUUAGAAUAAAAAUAUAAACUGAACAAAACAUUAAUAUAUCAAAAUGUUUAGAGGUCACUACAUUUUAUGAAGUCUGUUGUAGUUGAUACAACAAUAAUUAAUUUGAAGAAUUAACAUUAUGCAGAAAAGACUAAUAUCUUUGCAAAAUAUAUUAACAAUAAAUAUUUAAUUGAAGAUGUUACAUAUCCUGCCCUGACUAUUAUUCCUAAACUAUAGAAGACUCAUGACAUGAAUGUCUAAGAAACACUGUUGCAGUUACCGUAUUAAGAAACAAAACACCCAAACCAAGAACUACAACAGUGCUAACCUCAAGGCACCAACAUGGAACCAACAACUGCAGAAAGUAUGAAUAUAGUCAUUAUACCUCAACAUUUGCCAAAAAUGCAAUCGAGGAUAUGGAGAAAAUCUAUAUUUGCAAUAAUCGAUAAUAUAUGACUGAAAUGUGUAGAGUGCAGCUCCUCUAUGAGUUACAUUCUCAAAAAGCUCCUUUAAAUUCUAUUUUAAUUUAUUAAAUAUUUUACUUUAUUCAACUUUGAUUUAUGUUUUUAUGCUGUUUUUAUUCUGUGCAUACUGAGAUACCUCUAUUUUUUAUCUGUAUAAAAUGUUUACUUACUUUAUGCUGCAGAUAGAUGGCAACCAUUUUGGUUCAAUCAACACCUAGGUGUAUUGAACAUUGCUGUUGGGAUAAUAAUGCAAGACUAACUGAUAGUCAUUUAAAUGUUGGAUGGUAUACUUUGUGUCACCAUAUUUAAAACUGUGUUUAGAAAGGCUAAAAUUGGUUUCAUUGUACAUAUUUGUACACAGAAACAGGUACAUCCUUUGUAUUAUAUCUCUUGUCAGUUUAAACUAAUUAAAUUGUAACAUUACAUGACAUUUAAACUGAUAUUCAUAAUUUAUUACAUGUUUGUACAGAUAUUUAAUAUUAGUUUUGUUAUGAAUCUCCUUGGAAAAUACCUUAUUAUAAUAUAAAAUUUCGUUUAUUUAAAAUGUCAAUAUCAUAUAUUUUUAUGUGACAACUUAAUAUAAAACAGAAGCAAACUAAUAAAACUGGAAAAUAA